CGUCCUCAUUUCCACCCCUCGGUCCCACCAACUUUCAUUCAUUGGUCUCUCUUUGUGUGUGUGUGAAUGCUUACCAUCGGAUCAGGUCGUGGCCUGGCGCGCGCUGCGACAAGUGCGCUCGCCGCUCGCUCCUCGACGACUCAGUCCGGCGCCACUGUGGUGAAACCGCAAUCGCCCUGCACUCCCUUGCACGCCUCCAGCGCUGCUGCCGUCGCUGCUGCCUGCUUUAGCACUGCCACUGCGCUGGCUCGCAGCAAUAGCAGCAGCCUGGCUGCUCGCUUUGCCGCCCGCAACCGCAACCGGCUCUCGUCCAUCGGUCGGGCGACCUCCUCUGCGGCGUCGGGUGUGUCCGCCUUAUCGUACUCGUCCUCGGCGGUCGUUUCCGUCUCCACCGUCCCCACCAUCAUGCAGAAAUCAAACGCAACCCUCGUCCUCGACGAUGGAAGCUCAAUCUCGGGCGUCUCGUUCGGCGCACCCGUCUCUGGAUCUGGCGAAGUUGUCUUUUCAACCGCCAUGGUUGGAUACCCGGAAUCCCUCACAGACCCGUCCUACAGCGGCCAAAUCCUCGUCAUCACCCAACCGCUUGUGGGCAACUAUGGCGUGCCCUCGAUGGAGCGGGACCAGUUCGGUCUGCUCAAGAACUUUGAGUCGGACAAGAUUCACGUUUCCGGCGUGAUUGUGUCGGAUUACGCGGCACAGCACUCGCACGAGACCGCGGUCGAGUCGCUUCAGCAAUGGCUCGUUCGCAGCGGCGUGCCCGCCAUUUCGGGCGUUGACACGCGCGCUUUGGUCAAGCGGUGCCGCGACCAUGCCACAUUGCUCGGCAAGAUUGUCCACGACAGCGUCGACGCAAGCAGCGUGCCCUUCAUCCACCCUGGGCACACCAACCAAAUCGCCCUCGUCUCGCGCAAGAGCUCUGUGCUGUACAACGAGUCGGGCGAUGUCACGGUGCUCGCCGUCGACUGCGGCAUCAAGACCUCCAUCAUUCGGUGUCUUGCUGAGCAAGGCGCUCGCGUCAAGGUUGUGCCGUGGGACCACGACAUUCUGAACGAAGAGUACGACGCCCUCUUUUUGAGCAACGGCCCCGGCGACCCGCUCCACGCCGAGCCGCUCAUCAACCAGGUUCGCACACUGAUUGCCAAGGCCACCUCCACCGCGGCCAACGGCGUCAAGCCCAUCUUUGGCAUUUGCAUGGGCAACCAGAUCAUUGGCCGCGCUGCUGGCUUGAGCACCUUCAAGAUGCGCUACGGCAACCGCGGUCACAACGUGCCCGCAGUCCACCAGUUCACUGGCCAGUGCAUCAUCACGAGCCAAAACCACGGCUAUGCCGUUUCGGACGAGAGCCUUGCACAAAACACCCAAUGGAAGUCGCUCUUCCGCAACGCCAACGACAACACCAAUGAGGGUCUUGUCCACGUGAGCGCACCCAUUGCCUCUGUGCAAUUCCACCCAGAAGCCGCUGGCGGUCCUCUGGACUCCACCUACCUCUUCAAGGACUUUGUCAGCGCCGUCCGUGCCUCCAAGAGCUCUGGCGUGCUCGAGCAAUGGGCGGCCACCCAGUCGCUCAUGCACUGCAUUCGCCCUGGCACCACCUCCGCCACGACGUCGACCUCCGCGCUGCCCAUGGACUUGGCCGCCAAAUCGGUCUACUUCCCCAAGCCGUCCAAGCCCACCAACAUUCGCAAGGUCCUCGUUCUCGGCUCUGGCGGUCUGUCCAUCGGACAGGCUGGCGAGUUUGACUACUCUGGCUCGCAAUGCAUCAAGGCCCUCAAGGAGGAAGGCGUCCAAACCAUCCUCCUCAAUCCCAACAUUGCGACCAUCCAGACUGGCAGCGAUCUGGCCGACGCCGUCUACUUUUUGCCCGUCAACGUCGAGUAUGUCGACCAUGUCCUCCGCAAGGAGAAGCCCGACAGCAUCCUGCUCACGUUUGGCGGCCAAACAGCGCUCAACACUGGUGUCGAGUGUGAGAAGGCUGGCGUCUUCACCAAGCAUGGCGUCCGCGUCUUGGGCACUCCCAUCACCACUCUGAUCACGUCCGAGGAUCGCGAUCUCUUUGCCAAGGCCCUCGGCCAGAUUAACGAGCCGGUGGCCGUCAGUCAGGCUGUUUCCACCGUCGAUGACGCGCUUGCUGCUGCGGCAUCGAUUGGCUACCCCGUUAUCAUCCGCUCUGCAUUCGCCCUUGGUGGCCUCGGUUCUGGCUUUGCCGACACUCCCGAGCAGUUGUCCGAGAUGGCAACUCGCUCACUUUCGCUCGCCCCUCAAAUCCUCGUCGAGCGCUCCAUGAAGGGCUGGAAGGAAGUCGAGUACGAGGUCGUCCGAGACGCCGAGAACAACUGCAUUACUGUCUGCAACAUGGAAAACUUUGACCCGCUUGGCAUCCACACUGGCGAUUCAAUCGUCGUGGCUCCAUCCCAGACCUUGACUGACAAAGAGUACCACUCGCUGCGUGCCGCUGCUAUUCGCAUCAUUCGCCACCUCGGCGUUGUUGGUGAAUGCAACGUGCAGUACGCGCUCAACCCCAAGACGAGCGAGUACUGUGUGAUUGAAGUCAAUGCCCGCUUGUCUCGCUCGUCUGCCCUUGCUUCCAAGGCCACUGGCUAUCCCCUUGCGUUUGUCGCCGCCAAGAUUGCCCUCGGCCACUCGCUCCCUACUCUCCGCAACUCUGUCACCCAAACAACCACCGCCUGCUUUGAACCCAGUCUCGACUACAUUGUCUGCAAAAUCCCGCGUUGGGACUUGACCAAGUUUGAUCAUGUUUCCCGCGAGAUUGGCUCGUGCAUGAAGUCUGUCGGUGAGGUCAUGGCCAUCGGUCGCACAUUUGAGGAGGUCAUCCAGAAGGCCCUUCGCAUGGUCGAUCCCUCGGUGGACGGUUUUAUGAGCAAGAACUUUACCGACGAGCAAAUUCCCAAGCUGCUCUCUCGUCCCACCGACCAGCGCAUCUUUGUCAUCGCCAACGCAAUGAAGCACAAGGGCUACACUGUCGACCAGAUUUACGAUUUGACCAAGAUUGACAAGUGGUUCCUGCACAAGCUCGACAACAUUGUCACAACUGAGCGCGCGGUCGGAGAGUUCAACACGGUCACCAGCAUCGAUGCCCACACCAUGUCGGUUGCCAAGAAGCUCGGCUUUUCUGACAAGCAGAUUGCCAAGCUGCUGCCUUCCGCCGCGACCGGGCCCGUCACCGAAAUCCAAGUUCGCCAGCAUCGCAAGUCGCUCGGCGUCACGCCCAUUGUCAAGCAAAUCGAUACGCUUGCCGGCGAGUUCCCCGCCCAAACCAACUACCUCUAUGUUACCUACAAUGCUUCUGUCCACGAUGUCGAGUUUGGCAGCCAGCAGCAGUCUGCCAAGUCCGCCCAACCCGCCGUCAUGGUUCUUGGCAGCGGCAACUAUCGCAUUGGAUCCAGUGUCGAGUUUGAUUGGUGCGCUGUCAGCUCUGCCCGCGCCCUCCGCAAGAUGGGUCGUCAGACCAUCAUGGUCAACUACAACCCGGAGACUGUUUCCACCGACUAUGACGAGUGCGACCGCCUGUACUUUGAAGAGAUUUCCCUCGAGCGUGUGUUGGACAUUUACGACCUCGAGCAACCCACUGGUGUCAUUGUUUCCAUGGGCGGCCAGGUUCCUCAGAACAUUGCCCUUCCUCUGUACGAGAACGGCGUCAAGAUUGUUGGAACCAGUCCGCUGCAGGUCGACAUGGCCGAGGAUCGCAACAAGUUUUCGACCUUGCUCGACAGCAUUGGUGUCGAGCAGCCCGAGUGGAGCCGUCUGUCCUCGAUGCAAGACGCCCACGCUUUCAGCCAACGUGUCGGCUACCCCGUGCUCGUUCGCCCCUCGUAUGUGCUCAGCGGUGCUGCCAUGAACGUUGCCUACUCGCCCGCCGACCUCGAGCGCUUCCUCGGUGACGCCGUGGCCGUCUCUCCUCUGCAUCCCGUCGUCAUCACCAAGUUUAUCAACAGCGCCAUGGAAAUCGACAUUGAUGGUGUUGCCCGCAACGGCGAGCUGCUCUCCUACGCUGUUUCCGAGCACGUUGAAAACGCCGGCGUGCACUCUGGCGACGCAACGCUUGUGCUGCCCUCGCGCGACCUGACCGCCACUUCGCACGCCUCUCUUCUCGACAUUGCUCGCAAGAUUGCUGUUGGCCUCAAGAUUACCGGUCCCUUCAACAUGCAGGUCUUGGGUGAGCGCUCGACCGACGGCUCGCCCAUCCGCUUUAAGGUCAUUGAGUGCAAUCUGCGCGCCUCGCGCAGCUUCCCUUUCGUCUCCAAGACGCUUGGCGUCAACAUGAUCGAUAUGGCAACGCGCGCCAUGGUCGGCGAGCCGGUUGAACCCAUUUCCUCCAACCUGCUCAACUGGACUCUGGAAACUGCCCGGGCUUGCGGCUACCAGGCUGUCAAGGUGCCACAAUUCUCCUUCACCCGUCUGGCUGGCGCCGACCCCAUGCUUGGCGUUGAGAUGGCCUCGACUGGCGAGGUUGCUUGCUUUGGAAAGGACAAGUACGAAGCGUACAUGCAUGCCCUCAUGUCCACGAACGCCUUCCGCCUGCCCAAGAAGGCCGCGUUUGUGACGAUGGACAAUCUGACCGACACGUUUGACGUGGCUCGUGUGAUUAAGCAGCUUUCUGCCUAUGGCCUCAAGCUGUACGGCACAGCUCAAGCAGCCGAGUCUGCUCGCUCUGUCGGUGUUGCCAACAUGGAGGUCUUUGACACUGCCAGCUCGCUUGACGCGCUUCGCUCGCAUGUUCUUGACGGCUCGAUCGACUUGGUCGUGAAUCUGGCUGAAAUCCGCGCUGAAGGCGUUACUGACGUUAACUACCGCAUCCGUCGUAUGGCUGUCGACCACAAUGUGCCGCUCGUCACCAACGCCAAGUGCGCUGCCUUCCUGGCUGACGCACUGGUGGGCGUGCGCAAAUCGGUCAACAACAAGGCCUUCCAACCUCCAGUCUACUCUUGGCAAGAAUACACCUCGGGUGCAUUUGAUCCCGCCGUCCAGGCCGCAAAUUUGAAAGCAACGGCCCCAAUUCGUGCUCAAGCUUCAUUGUAAAAGACGCAAGCGGGGUUUGCGGUUUGUGUUUGCCCCAUUCAUCAUUACCAUUAGCAAUGACCUGUCCUUUGUUUGUUUGUUGUUGUUGUUGUUGUUGUUCGUGUCUAUGCGUUUUGUCCCUGUAGUGUUCUUUUAAGGCUGUGCUUUUUGCUGUUUUUUACUAUUAAAGCCGCUUAUAUGCAA